CUUUCCCCGUCUGCUAACCUGCCCCACCUCUUCUGCAUCUCAAAGAUCACGACUGGGCAAGCGUGUUAUCUAAUCUCCUUCCUCAGGCCUUCACCCUGUGCCUUUUUUUUUUUUCUUCCAACAGACAACUGCCUGCGUGGCAGCCAUGCGGCCCCCGUGGUGUCCCCUGCAAACGCCCUCCCUGGCUUCCCCACUCCUUCUCCUCCUUCUCUUCCUUGGAGAAGGUCCAGGGGCUGAGGGUCAGGAGGACCGAAACCUAGUGGUGACUGUUCGAGAGGGCCGCCUGCGGGGUAUCCGCCUGAUGGCCCCUGGGGGCCCUGUCUCUGCUUUUCUGGGCAUCCCCUUUGCGGAGCCACCUGUGGGUCCCCGUCGAUUUCUUCCACCAGAGCCCAAGCGGCCCUGGUCAGGGGUACUGGAUGCCACGUCUUUCCAGAGUGUCUGCUACCAAUACGUGGACACCUUGUACCCUGGCUUUGAGGGCUCUGAGAUGUGGAACCCCAACCGUGAGCUGAGUGAGGACUGCCUCUACCUCAACGUGUGGACACCAUACCCCAAGCCUGCAUCCCCCGCCCCUGUCCUUGUCUGGAUCUAUGGGGGUGGCUUUUACAGUGGGGCUUCCUCCCUGGACGUGUAUGAUGGCCGCUUUCUGGCACAGGCCGAGGGGACUGUGCUGGUGUCCAUGAACUACCGAGUGGGAGCCUUUGGUUUCCUGGCCCUGCCAGGGAGCCGGGAGGCCCCAGGCAAUGUGGGUCUUUUGGAUCAGAGGCUGGCGCUGCAGUGGGUGCAGGAGAAUGUGGCAGCCUUUGGAGGAGACCCGAUGUCAGUGACACUGUUUGGGGAGAGUGCAGGUGCUGCUUCUGUGGGCAUGCACCUGCUGUCCCCCCCUAGCCGGGGCCUGUUCCACAGGGCUGUGCUGCAGAGUGGGGCACCCAAUGGACCCUGGGCCACCGUGGGCGUGGGAGAGGCCCGCCGCAGGGCCACACUGCUAGCCCGACUUGUAGGCUGCCCCCCAGGUGGCACUGGUGGCAAUGACACAGAGCUGGUGGCCUGCCUAAGGACACGGCCAGCCCAGGACCUGGUGGACCAUGAGUGGCAUGUGCUGCCUCAGGAAAGUGUCUUCCGAUUCUCCUUUGUGCCUGUGGUGGAUGGAGAUUUCCUCAGUGACACCCCCGAGGCCCUUAUCAACGCCGGAGACUUCCAGGGCCUGCAGGUGCUGGUGGGUGUGGUGAAGGAUGAGGGCUCCUAUUUUCUGGUAUACGGGGCCCCAGGCUUCAGCAAAGACAACGAGUCUCUCAUCAGCCGGGCCCAGUUCUUGGCUGGGGUGCGGGUCGGGGUCCCCCAGGUGAGUGACCUGGUGGCCGAGGCUGUGGUCCUGCAUUACACAGACUGGCUGCACCCUGAAGACCCGGCUCGGCUUAGGGAGGCAAUGAGUGAUGUGGUGGGCGACCACAACGUGGUGUGCCCCGUGGCCCAGCUGGCUGGGCGACUGGCCACCCAGGGUGCCCGGGUCUAUGCCUACUCUUUUGACCACCGUGCCUCCACGCUCACCUGGCCCCUCUGGAUGGGGGUGCCCCACGGCUACGAGAUCGAGUUCAUCUUUGGGCUUCCCCUGGAACCCUCGUUAAACUACACAAUGGAAGAGAGAAUCUUUGCCCAGCGGCUGAUGAGAUAUUGGGCCAACUUCGCCCGCACAGGGGACCCCAAUGAUCCCCGAGACGCCAAAGCCCCGCAGUGGCCACCUUACACAGCGGGGGCACAGCAGUACGUGAGCCUGAAUCUGCGGCCGCUGGAGGUGCGGCGGGGGCUGCGCGCCCAAGCCUGUGCCUUCUGGAACCGCUUUCUACCCAAAUUGCUCAGCGCUACCGACACCCUGGACGAGGCGGAGCGCCAGUGGAAGGCCGAGUUCCACCGCUGGAGCUCUUACAUGGUGCACUGGAAGAACCAGUUCGACCAUUACAGCAAGCAGGAUCGCUGCUCAGACCUGUGACCCAGGCGGGACCCCCGAGCCCGCCCCUGCCCUGCCCGCCCUGCCUUCUAGCUGUAUAUACUAUUUAUUUAAGGCCUGGGAUGUAACACAGAUGAACUCCAGACCCUGUUCCUCAACUUUCCCCGGGGGCUUCCCGUCCUCUGCAUGUCUCGGGCCGAGCUCCCUUCCUUGCGGUGCCUUCGCCCCUCUGGGCUGCCAAUAAACUGUUACAGCCA